UAUUUUUGGAAAGCGGAAUGUAUGAAUGUCUCAAUAAUGGCUGUUGAUGAAGGUUCUGGCUUAUGUUGUCGAUAACAUUGUGGAAUUCAUUCUCUUCAUUUGGAUAUAUCAAUAAUUAAGCCUAAUCAACUUUUGAGAUGGCGGAUCUGGAAGCUGUGUUGGCGGAUGUCAGCUAUUUGAUGGCGAUGGAGAUGAGUAAAUCAACUCCAGCCGCUCGGGCUAGUAAAAGGAUAGCGUUACCUGAUCCGAGCAUCCGUGGCAUCAUGACAAAAUAUUUGGAGAAGAACAAUCAAAUCACUUUUGAUAAAAUUUUCAACGAGAAACUAGGCUACUUGCUAUUCCGAGAUUUCGCGCUCAAUGUGAGUGAAGAGCCCGUUCCUCAGCUUACAUUUUACGAAAAUAUAAAAAAGUUUGAGAAGUUGGAGACAGAUGAAGAACGUAUAAAGCUUGGUCGAGAAAUUUAUGAUCAGCAUAUUAUGAAAGAGCUUUUAUCGCAUAAUCACAAAUUCUCUAAAACCACUGUGGAUCAUGUUCAUGAGUUACUUACGCUGUCUCAGAAAACCAAAAAGCUGCCCCCAGAUACAUUUUCUUUGUAUGUAGAUGAAAUCAUUCAAUCUCUUCGUGGCGAUGUAUUUGAGAAUUUUCUUCGCAGUCACAAGUUCACGCGAUUUUGCCAAUGGAAGAAUUUGGAACUGAAUAUUAAUCUGACUACCAAUGACUUCAGUGUACACCGUAUCAUUGGACGUGGUGGUUUCGGUGAAGUUUAUGGAUGCCGAAAAGCAGACACGGGUAAAAUGUAUGCUAUGAAAUGUUUGGAUAAGAAAAGGAUUAAAAUGAAGGGUGGAGAAACUUUGGCUCUGAAUGAACGUGUCAUGCUUUCACUUGUCAGUACAGGAGAUGGUUGCCCUUUUAUAGUUUGUAUGACUUAUGCCUUCCAAACACCAGAGAAAUUGUGCUUCAUAUUAGAUUUAAUGAAUGGUGGCGAUUUACACUAUCAUCUAACUCAGCAUAAUAUCUUUUCUGAAUCAGAAGUACGUUUCUAUGCUGCUGAGGUUAUAUUGGGCUUGGAGCAUAUGCAUAAUCGAUUUGUGGUCUACCGUGAUCUAAAGCCAGCGAAUAUACUUUUGGAUGAGUACGGCCAUGUUCGAAUUAGUGACUUGGGAUUAGCUUGUGAUUUUUCACGCCGCAAACCUCACGCUAGUGUUGGUACUCAUGGUUAUAUGGCUCCUGAAGUACUACAAAAAGGUUGUCCAUAUGAUUCUUCAGCUGACUGGUUUUCACUUGGAUGCAUGCUGUAUAAACUGUUAAGAGGUCAUAGCCCGUUUCGACAUCAUAAAACAAAGGAUAAACAUGAAAUCGACCGAAUGACCAUGACCAUGAGCCUUGAUAUUCCUGACGGUAUGUCUUGUGAAAUGCGGUCGCUUUUAGAAGGCCUCCUGGCGCGGGACGUAUAUAAUCGUCUUGGUUGUAUGGGUCGUGGAUCACUUGAAGUUCGUGAGCAUCCAUUCUUCAAAGGGAUCGAUUGGCAACAGGUGUAUUUACAAAAGUACCCACCUCCUUUAAUUCCACCUAGAGGUGAAGUAAAUGCUGCUGAUGCUUUCGACAUUGGUUCUUUCGAUGAGGAGGACACGAAAGGUAUAAAGCUUACAGAAGCUGAUCAAGCAUUGUAUCAGAACUUCUCACUUGUUGUAUCUGAGCGUUGGCAAUUGGAGAUAGCUGAAACGGUAUUUGAUUUUGUAAAUCAGGAGGCUGAUAAAAUUGACGCUAAAAAAGCUCGUGCUCGACAGCGUUCUACACAGACAGCUGAUGUCUCAAGUAGUGGAGUCACCACAAGUGCUAGCAAUUUAUCGAACACUGCAAAUGUUGUAGUCUCAAAUACUGGAUCAGGGGGAAAUUCAAUUUCUGACUGUCUAACUGUUGAUGGUGUAGCUUCAGAUUGUAUUGUUGAAGGUGAAGUUUUGAAACUUGGUGGACCAUUUUUACAAACUUGGCAACGUAAAUAUUUACGAUUAUUUCCAAAUCGUCUUGAACUGUAUAACAAGUCUAGAGAUGGUUUAGUCCUGAAAAAAGGUGUUGACCUUAUUUCAAUGCUCGAUAUCAAGGAAAUUUCUCCGGAGUUUUCUCGUGUAUGCAAAAUGGAUAAUUGUAUUUCAAUCAAACUGAAAAACGACACUCGAUUGUACAUAACUUCAAAUGACAAGAUAUUAAUUACACAAUGGAAGGAAGAAAUAUUAGAGGGUUAUCGAAUCUCAUGUGAACUGAUGGCCCAUAUGAACAAAAAAGCUCAUAAGAUGUAUGGAGUUCUGGAUCCCGUGUCAAAUGCAGACUCUCAUGCUCCUGCGACCAUUGUUACACCUGCACAUGUUUCAAACAUCGCCAUUGGUAGUAAUGUACAGUCUCCUCAUUCUUCUAAUCGUUUGUCACAAAAGUCACAUUCACCUCCUCAGAUUUCAUCACAACCUCGUCCUCGUUUAAGUCAUCAGGCGUCAAUGCCUUCCUAUCCAUCUGCAAACCAUAAAAGUCAAGGCGUAUCUUUUGACUCUGUCACAGGUUCUAAGUCAGGGGAUCAAUCGGGAGAUGCAGAUGGAAAUCAAGAUACGAAUGCACAAGAUGGUGGAAUUGGUGUUGGUAGUGAUAUCAGCAACAAAUCUACUUGAUUUUCUAUUGGUUACUUUCUUUCAUAGUUAUUGUCUCAGAGUGUUUCUUACUUAUUUAAACACUGUAGUUUCCUAAAAGAUCUAGUCACUUCAAAUAUCUGAUGUUGGUAGUCCAGUGUCUAUCGUAAAAGAUGUGGAGGGUGGCAGCUUUCUGAUCAAAACCGCAUUCCACUUAAGUUUUCAAUAUGGUCAUUGUGUGCAAUCCCCGUGUGUUUAUAAUAAUAAUGUUAAUGAUAAUAAUAAUAAUGAUAAUAAUAAUAAUAAUAAUUGUACUAGUUCGUAUUGUAUGGGAUCAUGUAUUUUCAACCUCUAUUUCUGUUGUCAUUGUGUGUUCGUAUGUUUCUCCUCAUUCGUUGCUUGUAUGCGCUUCAAUGUCAAUAUUGAAUAGUGUUAAUGUAAUACAAGAGUAGAUAUAUUUCCUUGGAGAAGUGAAAAUACACAAUACAAAUUUGUUUGCAUUUCAUUAUUUAAUUCAAACAAAGAAAUCUCUAUCCUAAUAUUUGUUUUAUUUUUUCUAUUUUGAGUGCUUUUAUUACAGUUUUGCAUUACAUCAUGUGUUUUCGCCCUGCCUCUCGUCGAUUAAUAUGCAUAUGAUUUAUUUGACUUAUUGUUCACCUUAAUCUAGAUACUCAAUGUGUAGACCUACUCACAUCGCAUCCUGUGCAAUAUUCGCUUUUUUCAUUAGUUGAAUUGUUUUUUUUUUCUCUCUCUAGUUUUUACUUGCCAACUUCUUUUUCUCUACUUUCUGGUUUCGCAUUAAUUGUGCCGAAAAGACUCAAUAUUUCCUGUUAUUUAAACAAAAUAAUUGUUUAUUUGUUUCAUUGAUUUAAUUACUUACUUGAUUGCAUAGUUAUUUGUCUUCUCUUACAAGGAGGAAGAUGGUCAGAUGUUGUUGAAAUCGUUGUUGUGUAUGUUGAUGAUGAUGAUGAAUUGUGUGUGGUUUUUAUUUUCUCUAUUGUGAUUCUCAUGGUUCAUUAUUGUCGUCUAGGAAUUUUGCAGUUAACGGUACGUUUCCUGCUAUUUGUCUAACCUCUACUACUCUGCUUAUACUUGUGUUUAUUAGAUUUGUACACCUUUUCCCCUUACCUCUGUCUUAUUCAUUCUGUUAUUGUCAUAAGACAAGCAUUUUCAAAGCCAUUAUAGUUAUACUGUGUCAACGAACUGUUAAAUAAUGAUGAAAAAGAUUUUUUUCCUUUUCAAAACUUAGUUUUUUUAGUUUCCUGCCUGAGCUUUUCUUUCUUCAGUUUUGUAUAUCCUUUCAUCAUAUAAUGUAUUGGCUGUAUUUUGUUCUAAGUCUUGGCUUACUGGCAUUUGGUGGUCCUGUAGUAGAUAGUUCUUAGCGCGCUACUGUAUUGGUCUUAGGAAUGUAGUGAGAAAUGAUAAAAUUGAGAAAUAUCACUCAUCACUCCUUUUUUUUCAUGUACAUAAUACAUACAUUAUGCAUACCUAUAAACCUCUGCACAUUUAUACACAACAUACCUACAUAAUAUUCGGUUCUGUUCUGUAUUUGCCAUUAUGAAUACCACUUUUUGUCAUCUUGAAUAUGUAUGCAAUCUUACAUCUACUUUAUUUCUCCUUGUUACUUUUCUCUCCCUCUAUGUGUAUUUUACCUCUUAUUAUUUUUGUUGUUGUUACUGUUAUUCUGUCGUCUGACUUAUGUGUUUUCUGUAUUUAUUCAAAAUCAACUAGAAACUAAUGAAAGUAUACAUACUGUUCUAUGAACUGUAGAUUAUUAUUGGCAGUAUUAUCAUUACUACUGCUUCUACUAUUACUACCGAUCCUCCUGCUUUAUUUAUCCUUUUCCUCAAUGAUUAUUUACUGCAUAAUGGUGUGUACACUAUGUUGUUGUUCUCUUUGGAAAGAAAAACAAAAGAAGCAAAGCAGUUAGCACUUGUGUGUGUGUGUGUGUGUGUGUGUGUGUGUGUGUGUGUGUGUGUGUGUGUGUGU